CCGGAAAAAAUUAAAAUGAAAUUCGUCGCCACUGCUUUUAUUGAACCGCGCGGGUCAAAGGUCAAGGCUGUCGAAUUCGUUUUCCCUGGGCGACUUUUAAUUAUUCAUCGUCUCUUUGAUAGAACAAGUGAGAAAGAGAGCGAACACUUGAGAUCUUCACUCUUUAAAAGUGGCACCUUUUUUUGUAUACCAAGCAUAAAGGUGAAAGAGUUUUACGGCGUUAAAAGUUUAUUAUUCUAUUAUAAAAUAAGAGCCUCUUGAUUACCCUAAAUCCUACUUCCUUUCUUAUGAUAAAAUAUGAUAACUGUGAUGAGGCAAAAAAACUUUAUUAUAAAAUUCAGAUGAUGACAAAAUUCGUAAAAUCCAAGUUAUUCUUUGUGUUGUGAUUUUUGUGAAAAAAGCUUAACCACAUCCUGGAAUCCUUCAUAAUUUCCAAUUUCAAGAUAUAAAAAAUGAGAUGUGGCGAAUUUUAUCUAAGUAAAACACGUUUUAACUGUGCUAAACUGCCUUAUUUCUGUCUCAAAAAUUGCACAAAAAUACGCUUACGCACUUUAUUUUGUUCCUCGAAGAAUUCUACAAUUUGCUCAUUUUCAUAAUUAAAACUUCCAUGAGAAUCAUGAGAUUCGUGCCAAAUAUUCAACUCUAAAAAUUGUAAGAAUUGAAAUUUUUUAAUGAUUUCUUUCUCCUAAUUCUUAAUUUUCUAAAAUACAACCUACGUAAAUUUCCCUAAUUUAACUGUCGUUUUCAUCAAAAUGAAUUCGGCAUAGCAAAGUUGAGAGGGAGCGAGAGUGCAACGGAGCGUUUGAAAUUUUUUCUUUUUCCAAUAGUUUCCAAAAAGCUGUACAAGCUGCUCUUGAUCUUUCGCCGUCGAGUCUCAAGUUGCCUAUCUCAAAGGAGAAAAAUCUGCCUCUCUGCUUCGUCGUAAAUCAAUGAAAGCGGGCUGAAUUUACUACCGCGCUGCGGCCGGAUCGAGCCGAAAAGCGAAUGUGGCUAAUUUAUAGCCAUGCACAUACACACUUGUCACGCAAAAUUCAAUCAAAGCGCUCUGCGCUGAUAAGCGAUUUCCGGCGCAAUGAGAGACUCGGCGGCGAAUCGGCAGAAAUGAAAACUUACAGGACAAAGUGCAUGUCACCAUCGGCCGGCCCGUAAUCCAAACAACGCUCUGCAAUCGGGACAGCCUGCGAGACUCGACAUGCACUGAUCGCGAAAGUAAAGUAUAUAAAGUGGGCAACUGGCGAUACGGGGGCGGUGCUCGAAGAACCGGUUUCCUCAUUCAAAUAUUGAUCGCCCGUCCGUCGAUUGAGAUUCGCAAUCUGAAUGGAAAUUUCGCAAAUUUUUAUUUUGCUCGAGUUAAUUAAAAAUCUUUAUCCCUGAUGAAAUAAAUUUUAGGGCGAAAGUUUGGGACCGUUGGUGAUUAGUGCGAAACCGGUAGUUUAGCCCACUUUGGUCGAUAGGGGUGCCAAUUGCGUGUAGGAACCGGUUGCCUAACUCUGCGUUGGUCGAUGCUGGGGAGUGACGCGCGAGCGCGAGGAGGAGCGCAGGGCUGAAUGGCCCUUAAACCGAGCCGAAUCGAGUUAACCGGUUGUUGAAGUGACCAAGGCAGGCAGGGGUGAAUCAAUAUGUGGGGUGGAAAAGAGAGCGCACGCACCCUCGCGCGCGCUUGGUUGACCUAGUGCAUGCACACGGCCUUUCUUGCGCGCUCUCUCUCGCAUUCCGCCUCUUUCUCACUCACUCGAGAAAUCCAUAUAAUGGGAUUAACGUGUCCUCCUCGCCAAAGAUGAGCACUCUGAUAAAAAAAAGAUAUAUAUCGAAGGAUGAAAAUCAGCUUCGGCCAAUUAUCCCCUUUUGCGCUCUGAAUAGUGGCUAUUAAGCUUGUUUUUACACGGAUAUUUCAGAAACCACAGAUUUAUAUUUAUUGAAUUAUUUAGAAAAUUAUUCAAUUCUUUCAAAUUAUUUAAAGUACAUAUCAAUUAAUCUUUGAGCCGUAAAACAAAUUAAUAAUAAAUAAAUAAUAUUGAAUGAUAAAUAAUUUAAAAAGUGUUUCUUAAUGUACAUUAAUUUCUUUUAAUUACAAUUACAACAUCGAUUUAUAAAAUAAACAAAUAAACUAAUAAUAAUAAUAAUGCACUAAUAAUAGAACUAAUUUUAUAAAAUUCCUACAUUUCUCUGUGUACUUCGUUUUAAUAAAAACUUUUGCUGCCAAGUGGUUUUUAUUUAAAAUACAUGAAAUAACCACAAAGCGCAAUCACCUUCCUUCUUAAUCAUUUCUUCGUCAAAAGUUGCCUUGAAAUGUUUCCUGUUCCGAUAACAUUUACUGAAUUUCUUGAAUCUUUAGAAAGAAAAGUGUUUUAGUAGGAAGUUUUUGUUUCACUAUUGGAAUUUAAAGAGUCGCACUGUUCGUACAAGAUGAGGCGCUUGCCUCCUCCUGCCAGGUCCAAAGAGACGGCGGAUAAAAAGUUAAGUUCUUCAGUCUCGAAAAUUCUGAUAUUGAGUAUAGUCCUCCUCGUUGUAACAAUCGCCACGGCCAUCUUCAACUUCUUCCUGAUAUGGAACAAUGGAGAAUUCAAAUACUGGACCAAAGAGAUUUCUUUGGGAGAUAAUAAAGCUUUGGAUUCAGAAAAUAUUUUCACUUCUGAGGAGAUAAUGACCAUAACAAGUGAAAUUCCGCUGGUCACACUUAAAAAACAAAAAGAAAAGACUUUGCCCAUGAUAUCUUCAAUUUGCCGGAAGGCUCGUUCUUUCAAUAAUUUAAGGAUUCUCUCCAACGGUAAAAGAUAUUUCUUCUCAUUCCCAGCAGACACGACUUGGGAAGAAGCUAACAGCACUUGCAAGCAAAAAGGAUUGCAAUUAGCCUCAUUGAAAAUUCAAGAUGACAUAAAUGUAGUGUGGCGUGAAGUCACUAAAAUCGGAGAUUAUGGUUCUGUUUGGUGGCUGUCAGCAAAGGACUUAGGUGUCACUGGACGACACGAUUUUCGGUGGUAUGAUGGAACAAUGUUGGACACAAGCAGCGAGCUAUGGAGUCCAAAAGACGCCAGCAGAAGUGGCUGCGUCCGACUCGUUUCUGGCUGGUCUGCCAAAUUGUACCGCGGUCCUUGCUCCGAAAUAAUGUAUUAUAUCUGUGAACUCCCUAUAGAAUGCUACUAAAGCACUACGCAAGUGUACAUCAUCAACAUUUUUUUUUAAGAUUUUUAUUUUACUUUCAGAACUACUUAAAUUAUUUUUUUUUUAAUUAAUGUUACUAGUCUUUCUAAUUAUAUAGACAUAAAAAAAUUCUGAAGAAAAAUUUUUGUUUCCCGAUUACAGUUCAUUUCAAUUUAUCAGACUUUAAUUGUUUUGAAAUACAAACGUAUAGUUUCAAAAAACUAUUUUGUAGCUUGCCUUCUAUAAGUUCAAUAAAGCGGACAUUGCCAUGCCGUUAAGACCCAUAAUUAUGUAUUGGCAUAAAAAAUGAUAAUAUAAUACUGAAAUAAAUUUGUUUGAACAAAUUGACACGUACUCAUGAAAAUGAAGAACUUGGGCUUUUUCCUCGCAGUAAAAAUUGUUUUUAUUAAAAAACAAGACGACCUGAGUUCUUUAGUCAUUUGCAUUUCAAUGAAAUAAACAUUUUGCUAAUUAUUGAUAUCCAAA